CUCUUAAUGCUAAGUUCACUUGUUUUUUUUAGAUCAAAACGGCGUCGUACGAAUGCCAUCGCAGUUUUUAUCAUCCAAUGUAACGCGGCGCGUGUAUGAAACGCGCAUCAAAAUCUGCCGCUUCAACAAGAAAUUUGUGUUCUUCUGAAAAAUUCCUGCAAAGCUCAGAAGGGGAAAAAUAAUUUAGGGUUUUUCCAAAUUCAAUUAAUCCUGUUCUUCAAUUUAGGGCAUUCCCUGCUUUCACUGUAGACUCACCCUUCAAUCUCAACACGCACAGGAGGUUGUUGUGUUUUCAUGCUUGAUUGAAAUUUGCAAAUGAGUGAUACAAAAGAAAACGAGGAAGCUUGCGAGGGCGUUCCCGCGGCUGUGGAUAGCCAAGUUAUUGAUGAAAGUUCAAACCAAGCUUCAACUAGUCCACAAUUAAGAGAUGGCCAUCAUAUGAUUAUUGACCAUCUUGCCGUCAUUGAACCAUACCUUGAUCAAGAGAUGAAUCUUGAAGCUCAACCUGUUACUGCAGAGGAAACUUCAAAGAAUGUUGAAAAUGUGUUAAAUGAUGUUAAAAUUGGGAAGGCAGAGCUACCUGCUGAGGAUGGAGAUGUGAAACCCAAGGUUGUUUCAGAAGACAUUCCACAAGAGAAUGUUCAAGAUACCCUUCACUCGGUCCCGGUUGAGGCUGUUGCUGAGAUUUUGAACACAACCAAGUGUGAGGUUGCUUCUGAUGCGAAGGUGGAAGCAAAAAAACUUCCUCAGAGUAAUAAUGGAGUUGAUGAUGAUGUUUGUCAAAAUAGUGUUGUUGGUGAUGGUGAUGCUGAGACAACUGUGGUGGAGGUGGAUGUGAAGCCUGAAGUUUGUGAAGCAGCUGAUAAUAAAAGUUGUGAUAAUAAACCUAUAUCACCAAGUCAUAACAAUCCUACUACAUCACAACCUGCCGCUUCUGAUAUAAAUGAACCUAUAUUGUCAAGUCAUAAUGAUUCUACUACACCACAAUCUACCCCUGCAGAUACAAGGCCAGAAAUAAAGAAUGUAUUAGAAGUUGAAAGUAAGGCUGAGGAAAUGCAAGCUGCUGAGCCAGAAGAUAAUGGGAACUCAGAUUCGCUGAACAUGUUUUUCUUGGAUGCUGAUCAUUAUUAUGAUGGUAAUGAGUCAGGGACGGAAGAGGACCAAUCAGCCUUUAUGAAGGAGCUUGAAAGCUUCUUUAGAGAGAGGAGCAUGGAAUUCAAACCUCCCAAAUUUUAUGGAGAAGGACUUAAUUGCCUUAAGUUAUGGAGAGCUGUAAUGAGAUUGGGAGGCUAUGAUAAGGUAACCUCAUGUAAGUUGUGGCGGCAAGUGGGAGAGUCUUUCAAACCUCCAAAGACAUGCACCACAGUUUCCUGGACUUUCCGGGGAUUUUAUGAGAAGGCCCUUCUUGAUUACGAAAGGCAUAACAUAAAAGGUGGCGAGCUGAAUGUGCCUAUCGCUUCUCCUCCAGAGCCCGUGAGUGUUGAAAAUCAGGCUUCAGUAUCAGGUAGAGCCCGAAGAUAUGCUGCUGAACAGGCUAUGCGGGGUUGGCACUCACAACGUCUUCUUGGCAACGGUGAAGUUAGUGACCCUAUUAUAAAGGAUAGGAAUUCCGUGGCUGUGCAAAAGCGUGAAAAGCAGCUUAAGAGCAUCAAUUUACUUAAACGUAAGAAACCGUCUUAUAUGGAUAAUGCAGUCAAAGCAGCACGCAGCAAACCAUCUAAACCACAGUUGGAUACAGCCGUGGUUGAUAUUGGACCUCCUGCUGAUUGGGUAAAAGUCAAUGUACAAAAAACUAAAGAUUGUUUCGAGGUAUAUGCUUUAGUUCCUGGCCUUCUGCGGGAAGAGGUCCGUGUUCAAUCAGACCCAGCAGGACGUUUGGUGAUAAGUGGUGAGCCAGAGCAUCUCAAUAAUCCUUGGGGUGUGACACCUUUCAAAAAGGUUGUAAGUUUGCCUUCAAGAAUUGAUCCUCAUCAGACAUCAGCUGUGGUAACACUCCAUGGACAAUUGUUUGUUCGUGUCCCAUUUGAACAGUCAGAGUAGCGCUUGUUUGUUUAUAGGAUAGUUGGCCCCAGAAACAACAAUUUAGAGGAAUUAUUAUUUAUGUCUGUAAAACAAAUGCCAAUUUAUAGCUUAGUGUAGCAUAUAUAUUUAGUAUUUGGGAUAUUCACAUUACAUGAUUUUCUCAAGCAUUACACUUUGACCAUGUUAAUGUUAAUAUGAGCUAGUUAGGAUUCUGUAAUUGCUGAAAUGUUAUAAAAUUGGCAACUUUGUUUACUUAAUGAGAUUGGUUACAUUCAGCUGAAA